GGCUCGCUAAGUACCCGGCCGUAGGGGAGGGAGCCGCAGCAGCCCUCGGGAGGGAAGGUGACAGCCCGGCAGCAUGAAGUUCCAGUACAAGGAAGACCACCCGUUCGAGUACAGGAAAAAAGAAGGGGAGAAAAUCAGGAAGAAAUAUCCCGACAGAGUCCCUGUAAUUGUGGAAAAAGCACCAAAAGCCAGAGUACCUGACCUAGACAAAAGGAAGUAUCUUGUGCCUUCUGACCUCACAGUUGGCCAAUUCUACUUCUUAAUCCGAAAGCGGAUCCACCUGAGGCCAGAAGAUGCCCUGUUCUUCUUUGUCAAUAAUACCAUCCCUCCCACCAGUGCUACUAUGGGCCAGCUGUAUGAGGAUAACCACGAGGAGGACUAUUUUCUCUAUGUGGCCUACAGCGAUGAGAGCGUCUAUGGCAAGUGAGCACCAGCCCCCCAGGCAUGCAGGCGAGAUGGACUGAUGGAAUGGAUUUGGGGGGGGGAUGUUGGAGAAGAGGAAGGAGAAUGCCUGAGAAGAGGGGAAGAGAACUGGAAGUGAACCACAUGCACAAUGCCAUCACCUUCCAUGCAUUAAUUAUAACCAUUAUUUUUUAAGUUGAGGGGAGGGAGAGUAGGGGGAUAGUGUAUGAAAGGGUGAACUGAAAGGCUAAAGAGGGAUUCUGUGCUGAGGGAUGUGGAGACUCCACUGUUCAUAGUUCUUCUCUUGCUACAGCUGGAAGUAGUUAGCCAGUACUGGAGGCUGCUAGACAAGCCAGUGUGGUGGAGUUCCAGGAGAGUGACCGGGCAUGAUGGCCAUUUUUGUGUAACCCUUUCAUUGGAUGAAGAAGGCAUGCCAUGUAUUGUACACUGACCUUGUCACACCUUGCCCAUGGCAUGGGCUGCACUCCUGUGAGCAUUCAGUGAGCUGUGAAAUACUUCACUCUGUCCACACAAGGCUGUCCUGUGCUGACAGUCCUCACUCCAGCUGCUACCUGUGAAGCGUUUCAAGAGUAUUGUGUUUCCCGUCACUUCCAUCAGUAUUAGAAGGGCUAACUCUGAGGGCUGGGAACUCUUCAGCUGUGAGACGUGAAGAUUGGGGAAAAGAAGGAAGGAUUUUAUUUUUUUCCUUUGUUGCUUUAAUUGCAAAUGCUGGGCAGAAAAAUUUGAGACGACCCUUUUGUUCUUUUCAGUGAAGCCAACUGAUAAACUCAUAAGCAUAGGGCUAGAAAGGACCUCAAGAGAAUGUCUAGCCCACUCCAGCUCUGAGACAGGCCUGAGUAUACCAAACAUGUCCACCAUAGCUGCUUAUCUAACUUGUUCACAGUGAACUUCACUGAGGCAGAUCCUGGAGGCUGCUGAGAUUGUCUGUUCAGUUCCUAGCUAGCCUACAAGUGAGAGAGCUUUUCUUGCUACCUAACUUUAGUCUCCCUUGCUGUGCAUUAAGGCAACUAGCCACUAAUGGUCUUGUUGCUGGUGAACACAGAAAAUUACCUAUCAGUGUUGUUUUUGUACCAAUCUUCUGCAGAACUGAGGAUGGCAGAAGUCCUGUGGGUUUAGCCUUCCCUUCCAUGUCUCAUCGCUGUACAGCUCUUGCACCACAUGCACAAGCGGAAGAAAUCAGUCGCUCCCACGUGUGUUUUGCUGGCUUUUUGUGAUUGGACAACAGUGCCACUCUUCACCACAAGAGAGGUCCUUUUAGACUUGAAGGGGAAGGGGAAUAGAUUCUCUGUAGAUUAUUUUUUUUAAAUUAUUUUAUUUUAAGCCAGUGUUGUUCUUAGAAAGGUGCCAGGUAGAUGCUGUCCUGUGCAAGCCUUAUGCUGUCAUGCCAAAGCAGUUUCUUCCCUGUGGCACAAACAGCAGAUUGUCCCAUAACUGCCAUAACUCUGAUGAAGGGAUGGGGUUUGGGGAGUGAGCUUUCAGGAAAAUUCUGGGAUUUUAUCUAAAAAUCAGAGAACUGGACCUGAAUUACUGUAAACAUUCCUACAUUUAAGGGAGGGACCAAGAGGGAGGAAAAGACAAGAAGGAUGAAGAAGACAGGCAGAUUCUAAAACAAGUUGAGGGUGUUUGCUCUAUUUACAUGAAGUUAGAUCCCAGUUCUCUGCAUUCCUCAGGAAUGAGAAAUCAAGAUGAGUGCUCCUCUGAUUGUGGGAGACAGGAAAUCAGGUUUCAGCCUUCUCUGACAGUUGUUCCACAGAGGUACAUGAGGCAGAAGAGCAGGCUGGGAGUGUGAAGUGGGAGUCACUGGCAGAACUGUGUAAAGGUCAGGGAAGGCAGCGUAGUGGGGCAGGAGGGUCACUGCCUGUGUGGUAUGGGAAGUAGCAGAAGAAUGGAAGAGAAAGGAGGGAGCGCAAAGGAUGUAGACAGAGGAGUCCUAACGGGCAGACAGAAAAUGGGGAAACAAAGGAUGAAAUGAGUGGGUUAGUAUUCCCCAGUUUUUCAUCCUGAACUUCAGUUUGCUGUUCCAUCAUGUGCUCAUCUGGAAUAAAUGCAUUUGGAUGAGUUGUACCUACUGCCAACUUAGAUAACUUCAGUUUCUACCCACAGUGCUCAGUCGUCUCUUUUCGGCCCACUCUCCUCCAAUUACCAGAUUCUUUUCAAUCCUUUAGGUGCAAAUCCACAUCAGUCUCUUGUUUUAGGAAGCUCUGAAUGUUCUGAAGCAGAGAACAGACCCAGGAGACUUUCUAGGGUGAAAGACAAGAUGCAGGCAGUUGGUAUGCAUCUCUCUGCCACUGUCCCACUUGCUCACACACGUGCUGCCAAGAACGUGGUUGUGUGUUGUCUCUAAUGAGCCUGUGCUUAGGCACACUCAGGGGAGAAAGAGUUGGCAUCUGGGGUGCUUGGUUUUGUGUUCAGACCUCCCCUCCCCUCCCGCUGCUGGGUUUAUAAGUGAUAUGUGUGGGACUAAUCUCAGCCGUUUGUUACAUGUAGGGUUUACAGUUUAAUUUAGUUAUUUUAUGGUUCUUUUAACUGGAUUGUGACAUUUACUUCUGUUUUUGCGCUAGUCCGGUAUUGUACGAGGUAAUGAUGGUAGUUCUUUUUUGUGUUGGUUAGCUGCAGGUUCUUGUAAAAUAAAGUUCAUACUACUUGAGCUAAAUCAACCAAUCAAUAAAGACGCAUUUGAAAAUCAC